CGGGCCAUGCCGAGCGGUGGCGGCCGUUGCUGAGGCCGGGGGCGCAGAUGGACGCCGGAGAGAAGGAGAAUCAGCCCCGGGGGUCGCUGCGAACUGCCCAGAAGCAGGUGGGAGGCUCUCAGCGCGCCCUGGCCGAGCUGCAGCCCGGCUGUCAGCCGCUCGCCACGCCCCCCAAGCCCGAGGAGGCCCUUCCCGGCGAGCCCUGGACGCCCACCGCCAACUUGAAGGUGCUGGUCAGCGCCGCCAGCACCGAGAUGCGCAACCGCGAGCGGAGCCGGGGGCUGCAGGAACCCUCCUGCUGUUGCCAGGAGCACUUAUCAGGAGAUGAAUAUGAAAUAUUUCAACCGAGUCACAAAGAGAAAGGCCUGGGAUUGCUAUGCCUUAAAUUCCUGGCUCAGUAUCCAGAUUAUCCCAGCGCUGUGGAGGACAACUACAUUUACCUUGAUGAAGUAGUCAAGGAGCUCAAUGUUAAACGUAGACGUAUCUACAGGAUUGUGAAUGUGCUCAAGAGCCUCCGCAUGGUGAGCCAUGUUGCCAGAAACAUACACAUUUGGCAUGGGCGGCAUAACCUUGCCAAAAUCCUGCAGACCUUGAAGAAAAUUGGAGAAGAGAACAAAUACACAGAAAAAAUUCAGGUGAUCUAGAAAAGAAAGUACGAGCACAAGUUUGAUGUGGAUGGCAAAGGAAAUGAAGAAGCAGCAAGAUCUUUCGUCUCCAAUGAGCAUUCAGAAAUAUGUUCUGUGGAGCUCCCAGGAACCGAAUUCUGUGCUGCCUCUAUAAAUAGCCGGAAAGGCAAGUCUCUGCAAGUGCUGAGUCAGAAAUUUGUGGUGCUGCUUCUUGUAUCAGCACCUCAAAUAGUAAGCCUUGAAGUUGCUGCUGAAAUCUUUAUUGGAGAAGAUCAGAUAGAAGACUUAGAUAAAAGCAAGUUUAACACUAAAAUCAAGAGGCUUUAUGACAUAGCGAACGUUCUCAGAAGCCUUAAGCUUAUUGAGAAAGUCUAUGUAACAGAGGAGAGAGGCAACAGAGGAGAGAGAAAACCAGCAUUUAAAUGGACAGGACCUGAAGUCCCACUGAGCACCGAUGCUACAAAGCUUAAAACAACAUCAGCACCCUGCAUCUCAGGUAUUUCAGAAUCUACCACUUCCAAGGAGCAACAUUCAAAAAAUCUUUUUCCUUCAAGAGUAAAGCAAAACUUCACUCAGCAUCCAUCCCUAAUAAAGUUGGUUAGAAGUAUAGAAAGUGACAGAAGGAAGAUCCAAUCUCCUCCAACCAGUCCAGUUAAAAUAAGCACAACAGGUACAGAUGAAAAUGUAUCAGUUUAUACAAAUGAAAUGUCUCAGCUUGCAGCAGCCCCUCAAUAUCAGCUGGAAGAACCACCAAAGAGACCAGAAGACAUGAAAAAUGAUCCGUCAGGAUCUGUUUUGGAGCACAGUCUGCCCUGGCCUGAGGCAGCUCCCAAGGCCAACACUCACACUGCUGCAACCCCUCCAAAGCCUCUUCUCAUUCGGCCAUUAGGUGCCCUGCCUCCAAGCCACCAGUCAGCAUCAGCAGUGAUGCAACCUCAGCCUCCUUCUGGUGCCUCCUAUGCAAUGUAUCUGCAUCCUUCUCAAGCUGUGACAGCAUACAGCCCAAGUUUCAUGUUGCAGCCUCUACCGCGUGCUAAUGUGAAAGGAAUUAAAAGUAUUAAUCCAAAAGCAUUAAGUGAAAUGACCAGCAAGGAAGGGGACAAUUGCACAGCUGCAGCUGAUCUAGGAAAAGCCAUAGCAGCUAAAGAAAGACCAGUUAUGGAAUCUGAAUCUUCAUCAAAGAGCUGCCUUAAGAGGUCUCAGGCACUACAAGAGAGUAACUUGAUUAAAAAGUGUAGAAGUAAUAUGGAAAGCCUUGAUAAUGCUGUGGGAGAACCCCCGAAACACAAAAGACCACCCUCCAUUGGCUCACAAACCAAUCACGAAACGGACAACUUCCAGGAAUAAAAACAGAACAGAUUUGAAACACUUGAUCAGAGCGGGGCAGGUUGUUCUGAGCAGCGCAAAAGAGAAUGCGCUCCAGAAGAUGAGAACAGAACCGAAACUAAACAAGAUGCACCUGUGGCAUUUGCCAGUCCUGCUCAUGAGACCUUUUUUCCAUCUGGCUACUUCAUUCCUCUUACUCAGUGCACUCACCAUAGCAAUAAUGCAGGUCUUCCUAAUAGAGAGAAUGCUGGGCUAUGUUCAUUGCAGCACACUGCUACCCAAAGUUUACCCACUGCAGGUGCCAUUCCAAUGAUGACAUCUGAACAGAAAGCCAUUCCAGCUUUUCACACAUCCUUGAACAUCAUGCUGUCACCAACUUCUGUAGCUGCUGCACCUGUACUGAACAACUCCGAUCUCAAUUCUAGCAACACCAGCUCUGUCCCAAAUCCAAGUGCUUCACUCUUGCACGUUACACUGCAACAUGCACGACUAAUACCUGCUGGUGUGCAAGUUCCUGCAAAUCCUGUUCUUUAGCAUAUCCCAAUCCCAUCAAGAACAGAAUGCAAUAAACAUAGCACAGAAAACAUGACCUUAUAAGAAGAAAAACCUGUUGUGCUAAAGGAACCCCCGGAGCCUCAGACAAUGACAGAAAACUUUUUCCACACACCAGGAGUGCCGAACACAGUGCCUGUGCUGCCUGCAAACUCACGUGGCACUGAUACAAUCUCUCAAGGGACCUCAUGUAUUCCUCAAUGAAAACCUGAAGUCUCAGAAAACUGAUCUUUGGAUAUUGAGUGACUGACUGUUUUAGCAGGCAUAAUUACUGAUAACACACUGCACACAAUGAGCUCUACAAUGGACAAGGUGUGUUUUGGAUGUGAAUUGACAACAAUGCUGGAAUUGCCUGAAUGCUUUAGAAUUAAAACUGGCUUUACUGAGAAAGUUAGGUAUUUUUACACAAGGCUUACCUAAAGUGUUAUAGCAACUGAGUUUUGUAUCUCACGUCUCGUGUUGCUUUUCUGCUAUGCAAAGUAAGCUGAAAUUGUACAGAAAGGUACAGUCUAUCAGUACAUGUUUUGCACAAAGAAAGUACUGUUUUAUUUUGUUUUACCAUAUACUGUUAUAUUUUGUUUUACUAAAAGGCCAGAGUUAGAAUUUAUCUUGCUCCUAUGUUCAGUGUUCCUCUUCUGUAAAGUUAGUUCAAAAAAGUCUUCAACAAAAAAAAAAUUGUAUGUAAGUUAAGAAUUAUUUAUGUUAUAUUGU